AUGCAGGUCCCUCAGCACAGCAAAGACAUUGGCGUGUCCUUCCCAACCUCACAAAUUCUCCUCAUCACCCUCCAGCGUGGCGAGUUCUCCAUGAUGAACAACGCCAUGCAGCAGGAACUCUCCACCCUCAUGCAGUGGUAUGACCGUGAGCCUUCGCUGCGGUGUGCCAUCAUGACAGGCAAUGGACGUGGCUUUUGUGUUGGUGCAGAUUUGAAAGAAUGGCUCGCCAUGAAGGCUGCUAAUCCCAAUGCCAACGAUCCAGACCUUGUUGGUGGCUUUGGUGGUGUUUCCCGACGCAAGGGAAAGAAGCCCUUGAUCGCUGCCGUCAAUGGCAUGUGUCUUGGUGGUGGUAUGGAGAUGGCCGUCAAUUGCGACUUGGUCGUGGCUUCUGAACGCGCCGUCUUUGGUACACCGGAAGUCAAGCGAGGUGUCUUUGCCAAGAUGGGUGCCAUUGGCAGGCUCGUCCGAUACCUUGGUCUGCAACGCGCCAGUGAGCUGUUGUUGACUGGUGCAGACAUCUCCCCGCAGACUGCUAUGCAGUGGGGUCUCGUCAAUCGCGUCGUUGCACACGACAAGCUCAUGGACACGGCCAUGUCGUUUGCCAACCAAAUCUGCGCUAAUUCACCCGAUUCAGUGAUUGUGUCGCGAACAGGUAUGCUUGCUGCUAUGGAGCACGGCAGUCUCGAACGCUCUACACAAGUCCACAAUGAGUCUGCGGAAGUGGCACUGCUUGAGAGCGGAGAAAACAUCAGGGAGGGACUUGCGGCAUUCAAGGAGAAGCGUGAAACACGAUGGAAGGAUUCGAAAUUGUAA